AUGCUCAUGGUAACAACUCAUACUUACCUUGAUGGCAUAAGCUCCUUCAAUUACCUGGGUUUAUGGGCCGUGGAGACCCUCCAUAGCACGGCGACCUUGUCCUCAGGGGGUGUCUACAGCUUGUAUGCGCUUCGGCGCAUGCACCGUCUCAAUAUUUCCCUGUCCCGCAUCGGCCACUCUGGCUGA